CGAUUUUCUCUUACUUUGGGUGUAUAGCAACCGGGGGGUGGGCGAGAUUAUGCCAGUUUGAAAUGGCGAACAAUAAUACCCGUCCGAGGAGGAAUAUACAGGGCCCACAUUCGGCUCUAACGGAUUUCCUCGCCUCGCAUAAUAUAUCUGCUGCUGCGAUUCGUGAUAGCUAUCAGCGACGCGUUGCAGACGCGGCUCAACAAAAUGAUGUCGAAAGCACGGUUGAUACGCCUGAGGAUGAAGAGGAGGACUCUGUCUACGAGGAGGUCGAGGCUACGAGAAAGCGGGCUCGUAGGAAUCUCGCUACCGCAAAAGCCAAUGCAAAGAAGAAGCAUAAGGCUAAGCGAUCUGGAGAUCAUGAAGACAGCGACGACGACGACGACGAGCUUCUGGAGACAAUGAUGUAUCAGAAAAGAAAAGCGGUCCCAGGGCAGCUAGCCAACUGUGAAAUUUGCAGCAAGCGAUUCACUGUCACGCCCUACAGUAAAAGUGGACCUGAAGGCGGACUCUUAUGUACCCAAUGCUCUAAAAAGCAGACAGCAGAGGAGAAGAAAGCAAAGGCAAAAGUUCGCAAACCUUCGAAAAGAGGGCGCCGCCAAAACUAUAGCAACUUACUUGACGGCAUUGCGCAAAGUGGUGCUUUUAGCCUGUUAGAAACGUGUAUUAAGAAAGUGGCGGAUAGCAUACAUGAUAUCGACGAGUUUGGCGAUUUGCCGGAGGGUCUCCUGCAUCGUUUAAGCCAAAUUUUAUCAAAGAGGCGCGUCAUGACUCCUAGGACAUUAGAACUUUUCCUUCGGCGCGAUGUUAGCAGCAUUGACAUCUAUGACUGUGCCAAACUCGAGACAGAGGACUUCCAGAAAAUCUUCGCCUUCAUGCCGUAUCUCGAAAGGGUCAAUCUUCGUUGUGCUGGUCAAUUUAAAGAUUCCACUUUGGAGUACAUCACGGGUAGAGAGUCCCAUAUUAGGGAGUUGCAACUCGACUCCUCUAAUCUUGUGUCGGAUGAAUGCUGGCAAAAGUUCUUUAAAACUUGUGGCCAUAAGCUGGAGAGCCUGAAGCUGUCAAACCUGGACUGCUCCAUGGGAGACGAAACCAUUGAACAGAUGGUGAAGAACUGCCAGAACCUACGUCGUUUGAAGAUAAAGGAAUGUUGGAGACCCGGAAACGAGUCGUUGAAGUCGAUUUCCACCUUAACGAGACUCGAGCAUCUGUCUUUGGACUUUAUGCAGGAGACAGAUUUAGAGACCCUCGGUCAACUCAUUCACAACGUUGGGCCUAACCUUCGAACGCUCUCGCUGCGAGGCUUUAAAAAUGCAGACGACCGUAUACUGGAAGCAGUUCAUCAGCGAUGUAAGCGGCUCAACAAGUUACGAUUUGCAGACAACGCUACUUGUACCGACAAGGGCUAUGCACAUCUCUUUACCAAUUGGCAAGCUCCCCCGUUGGCUUUUAUCGAUCUUUCCGGUGCUCGCCAUAUCGAUAACGCGGUGCCGGAUGGGCCUGAGGAGCCGGUUGGUCUUGCGUCGGAAGGUUUCAAGGCACUGAUGGAGCAUUCCGGCGAUAAAAUCGAAACGCUCAACAUCAGCUCUUGUCGUCAUGUGUCAUUUGAUGCCUUUGCCUCAACCUUUGAUGAAAGUCGAACUUAUCCCAAGCUAAAGGAGCUAGACAUCUCCUUUCACACCAAGGUAGACGAUUUUCUUGUCAAUAGCAUUUUCAAGUGCUGCCCGGCAUUGAGAAGGCUCAUCGCCUUUGCCUGCUUCAAUAUCACGGGCGCCAAGGUCCCUUCUGGGGUUGCCCUGAUCGGUGGAGUCAAUGCCUGUAGCUCAAUUGCUAUCGAAGAUGGCGUGGCAUGAUACAUUGGCUGGCGAUGGGUUCACUCGAACUGUGUCGAAAUAGAGUGGUUGGCUCCAUGGCCGGUUUUUCAAACGCUUGGUGCAUUGGUGGAAGUUAAGCGAUAGUAAGAGUAAACUACAGACUCCGAACACUCGGUGCCUGGGAGACAAGCCAAGGAUGCAUGUACUCCGUAUCAGUACAUUUAUCUGUGACGUACCCCGUAACCCCGUAGAGGUAUUGUUGUUCAGCAUAUGAAAGCGAUAAAUUGGUAUUCAAG